AUGUUGCUCCACCUUCUUCUCCUUCUUCUGCUAUGCCUAACGUCUUCUCUAAAAGCGUCGGUGCAUGAGUACCGAAGCGGGAGAUUCAUGACCAAAGGCAACGCCUUCGUCUUCCACGGCGGCAGCGAAGGCAUCUACUCCUCUUCCCCCACCGACAAUUUCACCUCCGACUCCGAUUCCGUCUCUUUCAUUCGUUUUGAGAAGAUCAAGUUCCGGCGAUCGGAGGAAGUUUUAAACAGAUCCUCAUUACCAAUCCACGCCGUGGUAUUCGAGGUAGAAGACCGGGAAAACAUCGGAGGAUCAGCUUACGGUGGACAGAGAGCCGUCUGUUGCACAUCCGAUCUAGCGAAGCUCGGUGUUUGCUCGCACGGAGAGAUCAUUCAUCAUCCUUCCGCUAAAGAUUCCGGAUGGCCUCAAGUGUUUGGCGUUUCGUUGCCUGAGAACGAGUUGUAUGCUACACUGCCAACAAGAUCGAUCCAGAUCACGAGGACCGGAAUGUAUAAUCUCUACUUCAUCCACUGUGAUUCUGAUCUCAAAGAUUUGGUUGUUGAAGGGAAGACGAUUUGGAAAAACCCUAGCGGAUAUUUACCAGGAAGAAUGGCUCCGUUGAUGUACUUUUACGGCUUCAUGUCGCUCGCCUUCGUGCUUCUCGGCGUCUUCUGGUUCUCUCAGUGCGCGAGGUUCUGGAGAGAAGUGCUUCCUCUGCAGAACUGCUUGACUCUGGUGAUCACAUUAGGGAUGUGCGAGAUGGCUCUUUGGUAUUUCGAUUACGCGGAGUUCAACGAGACCGGUGUUAGACCGACUGUGAUCACCGUAUGGGCGGUCACGUUUGGCUCUAUCAAGCGUACAUGUGCUCGUAUCAUCAUCUUGAUGGUUUCUAUGGGGUACGGUGUUGUGAGACCUACGCUUGGUGGGUUUACUUCGAAGGUUGUCAUGCUUGGGGUUACUUUCUUUGCUGCAUCUGAAGUUCUUGAGCUGAUGGAGAAUGUUGGUGCUGUCAGCGAUUUCUCAGGGAAAGCGAGAUUGUUUUUAGUUCUUCCUGUUGCGGUAUUGGAUGCUUUCUUCAUCAUUUGGAUAUUUAAGUCUCUCUCUGCUACGUUCAAGAAGCUUCAGGCGAGAAGGUUGUUGGUCAAGUUGGAUAUUUACAGAAAGUUUACGAAUGCUUUGGCUGUAGCCAUUUUGGUUUCCGUUGGUUGGAUUUGCUACGAGCUUUAUUUCAAGUCGAAGGAUGUUUACAACGAACAUUGGCAAAACGCUUGGAUCAUUCCGGCGUUUUGGCAACUUCUCUCCUUCUCGCUCCUAACUGUGAUCUGUUCUCUUUGGGCUCCAUCGCAGAACUCGACUAGGUAUGCAUUCUCAGGAUCUGCUGGUGAUACAACUGGGGAGUUUGAGAAGGACGAUUACACACUAACUCUCAUUAAGCCAUCUCCAAUUCCUUCUCAAGAAGUGAAGAAGCUCUCAGAAAGUAGACCUUUACAAGUUGACGAAGAAGAAUCAGAGGAAGAUUUGGAGGAAGACAAAAGGGAGUGA